AAAAAAAACUAAAUAAAGUAGGGCUGCAACUAAUGAUUAUUGUCAUUAUCGAUUAAUCUUUUGAGAAUUAAUCUUGUUUGAGAAAAUACAUUGAGCGAGAUCAGAACAUUAAGUAACCGGAGAUGUGGGCGGAACCACGGCUGAGUGAGGCAGCUGUGUGUAUAGACGAUCUUUUCAGGAGCAUUCCGGUUCAGUUCAGACCUCCUCCUCCUCCUCUCACAGUUCUCUGCCUGAAUCCGGGAGUCUCGGAGUAGCUAUGGCCUCAGGCCUGUCCGCCGCUGUUUUGUUGGUUGUAUGUGUGUUCCUGGCCCCUUCUGUAUCAGCAGGGACCCGGGACUGUGAGAGCUACAGAGAUGUGUCCAACACGUACCACUCAUCCAAGUCAUGCAUAACAGGAUUUUGUUGUGGUGACUGCUACAACAGAUACUGCUGUCACGAUUCUUUCUGGAAGUUAACUGAGGAGAAACAAGAUGACUGUGACGCCAGUUUUUCUUCACCAUUUCCCAUGAUCUUUGGUAUAAGUGGAUUUGUCGUCAUUUUGCUCAUUGCCAUCUGCUGCUGUGUCUGUCCCUGCUGCUGCCUGUACAAGAUGUGCCGCAAGCCCCGACCUGUGAUAGCUACCACCACCCACACCACAGUGAUGACCACCACUCCUCAGCAAUACCCCCAGCAGCCAAUGGUAUCACCUGGACAUCCCCAGUCCUACCAGGGGGCCCAGUAUCCACCCUACCAGCCUGUACCAGUCCAGUCAGGUUACGGAAGCCAACCUGUGCCACAGGGCUAUGGGCCUCAGCCCAUGCCCACAGUGCCCUACCCGGGACAACCUUUCACACCAGGACCACCACCAACAUAUCAGGAAGCCAGUGAGUUCGGUCCUGUCUACCCUCCCAAUCCAAUGCCUUACAGCCAGGCUGCGUUCAACCCCGGCCAGCCGUCGUACCCUCUACAGCCUCCUGUGCAGCCGCCACAGCCCAACGCUCCACCUGCCCAACCAGACUUCCUUGCCCAGCCAGCAUAUAACCCGGAUUAUGUUGCAGCACCACCGAAGACUGGAUAUUGAACCACAGUGACAAACUCUCAGCCUCUUAAAGUGUGCUGCAACAUUUUGGAACCUGGUAGAGCUGGAAAUGUGUAAUUUGAAUAGAGAUGCGAGUUGCUUUUGAGCAUCUUGAUCCAUGUGUUUUAGUGGUUAAAUAUGAGAAUGUUAGGACACGUUUUGCAGUUGAUGUAGUGCAUCUGUUCUGUCGGAAGAGAUGCCAAGUGAAAAUGUUGAUACCUCUUGGCUUGUAUUGCAUGGACUUACAAUAUACAAGUGGUGAGAUUUUUUUUUAACAGUUUCUUUGUGGCUCCAUCUUAGUCAUCUUGGUGAAUUUAACAUUAAGCCACUGAGUCUGAUUUUUUUUUAAAGAGUAGAUUGAGUAGCUUUGUCAUUUGUCUGCCUUCUGAACAUGCCACAACGUCUCCCUCCUAUUAUGAGUCUAUUCUGUAAAAGCCGAAUUUGUCUGAGCUCUUAAUCCAUCUAAAAUGAUUGGAGUCAGACUCAGUGGUCAAAUGUUGGAAGAGUUUCAGCGCUCAUAACCAUAAUGUCUUUUUUUCACUGAUAAAGUGCUUUGAACCUUUUUUCAUACACUGUCUAACAUUACAUUUUGUGCCUGGUGCUUUGUGAGGUGUAUAAAGCAUUAUCUGUGUUAUAUCUUCCUACUGAAGGAUUUAUGGUAUAUAUGAUUCAUAUCAUUGCCAGCGAGUGAAUACGGUGUGUUCAGGAAAAAAGGUGUUCUAUUAACCUCCCAGCAAAAGGGAAGAUAUAACAUGUCAACUCAAAAAACUAAGCCAUGCACACGGAGAAAGUUCACUUUAUUUUCUAUGUGUUCAUGCAGAAAGGUGAUUUUGCAUGACGUUUUUUUUCUUUCUUUUUAUUUUUGCUCAGGUUUUUUUCAUUUGUCCAACUGCACACGCGCUGAAAUGCAUCGGCAGCUUUGAAUGAAAUAACCAAAGGUGAUUUUGUUUUGUUUUUUUCAGUCAACCAAACAUUCACAUAGAGACAUGGCAUGUUCACACAAUGCAAGAAACAAUUGUGCCUUCCUAACCAUAUGACUUUUAUCAAACAAAACUGUACAUCAUAAAAUCUGUUUCUGUUACUGUUGUGUUACGUUCACUCAGCUGUCCUCUUAAAGGCUUUCAUUCACUUGAGACAGCCUCAAAAUUUUGCAAUGUGCCGUGUUCAACAUUACUGCCAUUAAUCUAGUCUAGAUGAAUUUCAGCUUUUGUUAGAACCCAAUCCUGUGCAUGUUAUGAAUCUUUAAAGGUCAUCAUUUUCUUAUUGAGUAUUGUGCUAUUUGCUUUCAAAUUCAUUUUUUUUCUUCUGGAAACUGUCGUCACCUUUGUGUUUAUAACAGUCAGGAUUGAAUAAGUAAUUUUUUUUGUUUUCAAAUCUAAAAACUUGACCGAGAAGCCUUCUUUGCUCUGCUCUGCUUUGUCACCUGUUUUCCUGCCACAAAGCCGCCACUUCUGCUUUCUGCUGAUUGGAAUUACAUGAAAAUAGUUCUGCAAAAGUGACCUUUUUUCAUGUAACCCAGCUCAACUUGGAGAAGUACAGUCACAAUUCAUGUGACAGGACAGACUUUGUUCUGCUGAGCCACUCUGUUUGAAAUCCCUGACUUUUCUACUUCUUUUAGUUAGGCUUUUAUUGCGGUCAAAGAAGAUAGUAUCUAACAUGUUCCAUUUUGAUGUGUCUUCAUCAAGGGUACAGGUUUCAGAAUGAUUUUCAGUCAAAUCUGGGCUGUGGUUUGUUUUAUCUACCGAUGUAUGACCACAUGUUAGCUAUUGAAAGUAGCCUAAUGUGCUCACAUAUCUUUGUAAUGUGCAUGUCUGUGUUUCUUACGUCGACCGAGUGAUUCGUCUGUCGAAGUAAAUACUUGCUUUUGUCUGUCUUCGUAAAUGUGUUCUGCCUUUGAUUUCAGUCCUUUUGGCCAGUGUUGAUUCUUCAAGAUGACUUAAAUUGGGAGUAUUUUUAUUUGUGUGUGUGGAUUAUAGCCAUUUGUGUUCUUCAUGAAAAAAAAAAUACCAGCAGAGAUUUAUUCCUCCAUCUGUGUUUCUCAUUCAAAAAUAAUUGCCAUUGAUGCUACUUUGAGAAUUUAUGUACUUUUUAUUUUUGUUAAAAACCCACCACUUAUUCUGCAGAGUUCAAUAAAAUAUAUAUUUUCUGUUUUUCCUCAA